CAUCGAGAGGGGCGGCUAGAGCGGGUCCUGCCUGCCGUGGCGCGGGGGACGGCGUUGCCAUGGCGACCUGGAGGCUGCUGCGGGAGCGGCCGUGCCGGGUGUCACACUGCUUGAUCAGAAGAGCCCUUUUUGGGUAUCCCCUGACUAGAGCAGGUUCUGGUCUGGCCCAGCAGAGUAAAGACGUUUGUUUGAGGUUCUGCAGACCACAAAGUUCUACAGCAGCUGCUGACACAUCUGGAGAGGACGUUGUGCUCAAAUGGGGCCUUUUCCUGGUCCCUCUGACUGCAUUCUGCCUUGGCACGUGGCAGGUUCAGCGGCGAAAGUGGAAAUUGGAUUUGAUUGCACAGCUGGCAUCAAGAAUUACAUCAGAGCCCAUCCCUCUGACCUUAGACCCCAUGGAACUGAAGGAACUGGAGUACAGACCUGUCACAGUCAGAGGGCAUUUUGAUCACUCCAAGGAGCUCUAUAUUUUGCCACGCUCACUCGUGGACCCCGAGCGAGAAGCCAGAGAAGCUGGGAGGCUGACAUCCCACCCCGAAAAUGGAGCAAAUGUCAUUACCCCUUUCUACUGCACAGACCUAGGGGUCACAAUUUUAGUCAACCGAGGAUUUGUGCCCAAGAAGAAGCUGAAACCCGAGACCCGGCUGAAGGGACAGAUUGAAGAUGAGAUUGAUCUCACUGGGGUGGUGAGGUUAUCAGAAACCCGGAAACCUUUUGUGCCUGAGAACAACAUUGAGAAAAACCGCUGGCACUACCGGGACCUGGAGGCCAUGGCCAAGGUGACUGGUGCUGAGCCCAUCUUCCUGGAUGCAGAUUUCAGAAGCACAGUCCCAGGGGGACCCAUCGGAGGGCAGACCAGAGUGAGCCUGAGGAACGAGCACAUGCAGUACAUUGUCACCUGGUAUGGCUUAUGUGCUGCAACUUCAUUCCUGUGGUACAGGAAGUUUAUACAGAAGCUGCCUCUGUGACUGAAAGGCUCAUCUCUGAUCUGUGCUGUCAGGAGCAGACUCAUCACUCCCGAGUAACUGAAGCACCCAAAGUCUCAGGGCCCCACAUUCAGUCAGCUCCUGCAGCUGUCAAGCUGUGGAUGCUUUCAACAACUGAUGCAGACUCAGCUCCCACCCGUGUGAUCUGCUGCAGAGUGGAAGCCUUGAACCUCAACACUCAAGUGACUGUAGAGCCUCCCAGUGAAGUCAGUUAAUGCAGGAAACUCAAGGUUACAUUUUGCUACUGUGGUCGAUUGCAAGCUACAAAGCUUUGACUUCUCCACUGCUGUAUUUUUCUGAAAACCAGGUAAAGACCAGGGAUUUUGUGAUUCAAAGUUUCUUUGCACUGUGUAGUCACUCCUGGAAUCAGGAGUUGCACAGCAGUUGCACUGGAAUAAAUGAAGAGGGCCUCCAGGAGCUUUCCUUGUGACUUG